CAUUCAGUGACGUCAAUUUAAGUCGCCUGUCAAGCGCACAGCUGACAAACUGACCUGAUGCACGAUAAAAGUCUACAUUUUAGUGCUACUCCGUAAUGCAGUCGUAUUGAAUGAUACUGAGCCUUUCAGUCUGAAAUGUGCCUCUUUGUUUACGUGGGCGAGGCUUCUUUUUACUUUUCAUUUAGUCGCUUAUUCCGCUUUUAAACGAGCUUGUGUUGUUGCUGGAAAGCGAAUUACUGGUUCAAAAUGACUAUUCCAGCUUUAAACCACACCGGUGUGCUCUACAGACGGAUCUUAUCACAGUUUCCACAAGACAUCAGUUUAGCUUUUGCUUAUGGGUCUGGCGUUUUCAAACAACAGGGCACCGACCAAGGUCAAAUGGGGAAAAACAUGCUGGAUUUUGUAUUUGCCGUGGACGAUCCAGUGACAUGGCACACCAUGAAUCUGCUGCAGAAUCGCAAACACUACUCCAUCCUCAAGAUGCUGGGGCCAACAACAAUCAGCGCUGUACAAAAUGAGCAUGGGGCAUCUGUAUACUACAACACACUGGUGCCUGUGGAUGGGAGGAUAAUCAAAUAUGGUGUGAUAGGUACACAGAGCCUCAUAGAUGACCUGAUGCACUGGAAAACCAUGUAUGUUGCUGGACGACUUCACAAACCGGUGAAAAUGCUUUUGCAGAAUGAGAAUGGAAAGCUCCGUGCUGCUUUGGUGGCCAACCUGAAGAGUGCUGUGACAGCCUCCUUCAUGCUGCCAGAGAGCUUCACUGAGGAGGACCUCUUCCUGCAGAUAGCUGGGCUCUCUUAUGCUGGGGAUUUUAGAAUGGUGAUCGGAGAAGAUAAAUCCAAGGUGGCCAAUAUCGUCAAAGACAACAUUCAGCACUUCCGGAUUCUGUACAGCAACAUCCUACGGGACUGCCCACAAGUAGUGUACAAAUCUCAACAAGGGAAACUGGAGGUUGACAAAAGCCCAGAGGGUCAGUUUAUCCAGUUAAUGGCAUUGCCUCGGACCCUUCAGCAAAGGAUUACAAAGCUGGUGGAUCCUCCGGGGAAAAACAGAGACGUGGAAGAGAUCCUGCUGCAGGUGGCUCAGGACCCAGACUGUGGAGCUGUCGUUCAACAAGGUAUUUCCUCUAUUGUGAAAUCCUCCAGUAUAACGCAGAGUAUCAAAGGGAUUGCUACAGCAGGCUUAUGGAAGACGGUGUCGUACAGCUCAAAGAAACUGAUGAAGAUGUGGAAGGGCUGGAGAAGGAAGCCUUCAGUCUCACAGAUGUCCUGAUACUGUCUGUUCACAAGUUGAUCCUCUAUAAACUGUCCGCCGAUAACAUACUUCCAUCCUUUGAUUUUUACCCUGACACACUGCUGAAAGAAUCAAACUCUUACCUCUUGUUAUAUCACCACAUAGCCUCCAGGAAGGGGAUCUCUGAGUGUACGUCUGUGUUCGAGUAGUGUAGACUAUCUGUACAGCUGCCCUUUAUCAUGCAAUUCAUAGUAGUUGUAUGA